GGGAGGGGUGACUGUCACCGGAGUCCGAGGAGCUGCCGCCGCCGCUGACAACCCGGAGGAGGAGGAGACAGGGGGGGAGCACGGAGCGCCGCCAUGCCGAAUAAAACCAAGAAGGAGAAAGAACCUCCAAAAGCUGGAAAAGUUGUCAAAAGUGGAAAGGAAGGUCAAGAUAAUCCUGAACAUGAGGUAUCCAACAAAAAAGCAAAUAGUACCCCCCCACCAGCUCAAGUAUCCAAAAUAAAAGUACCUACUCCUCAAGCUGUUGUAAAGAAAGAGAAACGACAGAGUUCCUCAAGGUUUAAUGUGAGCAAUAAUCGAGAACUGCAGAAACUGCCAGCUCUAAAAGAUGUGCCGCUGGCAGAACAAGAAAAGCUGUUUGUGCAGAAGUUACGCCAGUGUUGCGUACUUUUCGACUUUGUUUCUGAUCCCCUAAGUGACCUCAAAUGGAAGGAAGUAAAACGAGCUGCUCUCAGUGAGAUGGUAGAGUACAUAACACACAAUCGCAAUGUGAUCACAGAACCAAUUUAUCCCGAAGUGGUUCACAUGUUUGCUGUCAAUAUGUUUCGAACCUUACCGCCAUCAUCAAAUCCGACAGGAGCAGAGUUUGAUCCUGAGGAGGACGAACCUACAUUGGAGGCAGCAUGGCCGCACCUGCAGCUUGUUUAUGAAUUUUUCUUGCGGUUCCUCGAGUCUCCUGAUUUCCAACCCAAUGUAGCAAAAAAAUAUAUUGAUCAGAAAUUUGUCUUGCAGUUGUUGGAGCUCUUUGACAGUGAAGACCCACGUGAAAGAGAUUUUCUGAAAACAACUCUUCACAGAAUCUACGGAAAGUUCUUAGGGCUUCGAGCGUACAUCAGGAAACAAAUCAAUAAUAUAUUUUAUAGGUUUAUUUAUGAAACAGAGCAUCACAAUGGCAUAGCAGAGCUAUUGGAAAUUCUUGGAAGUAUAAUAAAUGGUUUUGCGUUACCAUUAAAAGAAGAGCACAAAAUUUUCUUACUGAAGGUGUUGUUACCGCUACACAAAGUGAAAUCACUCAGUGUCUACCAUCCGCAGUUGGCGUACUGUGUAGUACAGUUUUUAGAGAAGGACAGCACCUUAACUGAACCAGUGGUCAUGGCGUUGCUGAAAUACUGGCCGAAAACACAUAGUCCAAAGGAAGUCAUGUUUUUAAAUGAGCUAGAAGAGAUUUUAGAUGUCAUAGAGCCUUCUGAGUUUGUGAAAAUAAUGGAGCCCCUUUUCAGACAGCUAGCCAAAUGUGUAUCAAGCCCACAUUUUCAGGUGGCGGAACGAGCACUAUAUUAUUGGAAUAAUGAGUAUAUCAUGAGUUUAAUCAGUGACAAUGCAGCUAAAAUCUUGCCUAUUAUGUUUCCAUCAUUGUACCGGAAUUCAAAGACGCAUUGGAACAAGACUAUACAUGGAUUGAUAUACAAUGCUCUAAAGCUCUUUAUGGAAAUGAACCAAAAACUAUUUGAUGACUGCACUCAACAGUUUAAAGCAGAAAAGCAGAAGGAAAAGCUAAAGCUGAAAGAAAGGGAAGAAGCAUGGGUUAAAAUUGAAAACUUAGCCAAAUCUAACCCCCAGUACCCUAUACAUAAUGACUCCUCUGCUCUGAGCAGUCCUGUUGCAAUGGAAACAGAUGGGCCUUUACUAGAAGAUGUACAGAUGCUGAAAAAGACAGUGAAAGAGGAGGCAUCUCAGGCUCUUAAAGAUCUAAAGAAGGAACGACCUCUUGUGCGACGCAAGUCCGAAUUGCCUCAGGACAUCUAUACCAUGAAAGCCUUGGAAUCUCAUUGCAGAGCUGAUGAAUUAAUAACACAUGAUGGGCAUUAGACUAUGACAAAUCUUAUUUUGUGGAUAUUUUUUUUUUAAUUUUUUUUUCCUGAAGCAGUUACACAGUAGAAAACGAAACCAUUAACUUUUUUGUGCCAUACCAAUCUAUUAGAUGCAUCAACGCUUUCUUCGACCCAGUUCUGUAGGCAAUAACUUAACACAGUGUACAGCUCAAGAUUAGUCGUUCAAACAAUGGUAAAAUACCUGUCUCUGUAUGCAGGACAUUUGGGUUAAGGCUGGUGAAACCACAAGCACCAAUUAAGCAUCUACUUCAAGAGGUCUACCAAUGCAUAGUAUCAGUGCUGUGACUUCCAUCAUUAAUGACAGACAUGCAAAAGCAAAAAUUAAUUGGUGCUUUAAAGAGAACCAGGUAUUAAAGUACUAACCUUUUUUUUGUCUCACAACUGAGUGUCUGGUAAUUUGCAAUUAGGGGAAUCAAACUAGGCUUUACUUGCAUGUGCUGUACAGAUUUUAUUGAGUAAGUUUUCUGACCAUCCCAAAUAGUUUUCUGUUCAGAGUUCUGUAUAUUGGUUUGCUUUGGAUCAGCUCAUAUAAAGUUGAGUAAUUUCCGUGUAUUGAAAGCCAUAUUUUCGUCAGUCGUAACUAUCAAAGUAUUACAGUACCUUCUAAAAAAAAAAAAAAAGUGCACUAAACAGUCUGUUGCCUUUGGGUAACUCAAACUACAACUCAAAGGAAAACAAAAGUGUUCAAAAAUGUAUUCUUGAAAUAAAAUACUGUUUCACUGCUGGCGA